GAGCGGGCUGGUUAGCAGCGCACGUGCCAGGCUCCGGGGCCCUUCUGCUUAUACACAAUUUCUUUCUGUCCUGGGUUUCUUCGUCCCUGAGACCCACUCCAUCUUCUACUUCUUUGGCUCUCGCCCAGCUCCCUACCCCAAGCUCUGUAACUCGUCGUCUGCAAAAUCGAAAUGGACACAUCCAUGAAUUUCUCACGCGGGUUAAAAAUGGACCUGAUGCAACCCUAUGACUUCGAGACGUUUCAGGACUUAAGGCCCUUUUUGGAGGAGUACUGGGUAAGCUCAUUUCUCAUAGUGGUCGUCUAUCUGUUGCUCAUCGUUGUUGGCCAGACCUACAUGAGAACGCGGAAGAGCUUCAGCUUGCAGAGGCCUCUCAUCCUCUGGUCCUUCUUCCUGGCAAUAUUCAGUAUCCUGGGUACUCUGAGGAUGUGGAAGUUUAUGGCAACAGUGAUGUUUACAGUGGGCCUCAAGCAAACCGUGUGCUUUGCCAUCUACACGGAUGACGCCGUAGUCAGAUUCUGGUCCUUUCUCUUUCUUCUCAGCAAGGUUGUUGAACUGGGAGACACGGCCUUCAUCAUCCUGCGUAAGCGUCCACUCAUCUUUGUCCACUGGUACCACCACAGCACAGUGCUACUGUUCACAAGCUUUGGAUACAAGAACAAAGUGCCUUCGGGUGGCUGGUUCAUGACCAUGAACUUUGGCGUCCAUUCUGUCAUGUACACUUACUACACUAUGAAGGCUGCCAAACUGAAGCAUCCUAAUCUUCUCCCCAUGGUCAUCACCAGCCUGCAGAUUCUGCAGAUGGUUCUGGGCACCAUCUUUGGCAUACUGAAUUACAUCUGGAGGCAGGAGAAAGGAUGCCACACAACAACGGAACACUUCUUCUGGUCUUUUAUGCUAUAUGGGACCUAUUUCAUCCUAUUCGCUCACUUCUUCCACCGAGCCUACCUCAGGCCCAAGGGCAAAGUUGCAUCCAAGAGCCAAUGAGAGUAGGAAAGAAAGAUGGAGCCUCAGCCGUUCCUCCGUGGCACUAAGGGUAUGGGAGAAUGAUUAGGGUACCUCCCUGUAUGGUUUCCCCCAUGGGAUAUGUACCCUCAAAGUUGCAGGAAGCUAUGACAACCAAGAAAUGUCACCCUUGGGGAUAGGGGGUGUGUGGUUUGGUACUUUGAUGUUUCUGUCUUUAAUGUGAAGGAAAACCAAGCCCUAGGAAGGAGAUAGGACUGAGGUCCUUAAAAUGGAGUUAUUUAUAUUUAUAUUUAGAAAUCUUUCUCUUCUUGCUCUAUUUUUAAAAGAGGUCAACAUGAUCUUGAGGAUUUGUGGACUUGGAGGGGAGGGGAGAGUGGACUGACUCUGUGGUAGGAGGAGGCUGACUCUGGGGAGUGAGUGAUCUGCAGGGGGGGAGCCUGAGGGUGUGUGGAAGGACAGAGGCACACACAAACACUCAAUAAGAAUUCUAGGCCUGGUAGGCGCUUAAUAAAUGUCUUUUACAGACUAGAAGUUUAUUGCUGUUAGAGACCCAAGCCUCUGAAAGGAACAGUGAGAAACAAGUCCUAAAAUCAUAGGCUAAACUGCAGAAGAGAUCGCUGCGUGGAAGCACGGGUGACCAGACCUACCGGCUGUCCUCCCAGAGACCACCAGGUGGCGUCGCAGCACCAGCAGAGAACGAUCCCUGUCAGCUAGCUGGUCACACCAAGCUUCAUACUCCUUUUACUCCAGGAGACCCUGCUUCCCUAUCCUGGAGGAAAGGAGUGAGACGGCAACCUUAGAAGCCUGGACGCUCACUCGGUUCCUGUACAUCCAGCUGUCCUUUUGGACAAUGGGAAGGAUGAAGGGAAGGAGGGCUCAACCGCAAGUCUGAAUCAUCAGGCCUUUGACAGUC